CCGGUUAGAUUGUGCGCAUUUCAUUUCUGUCAAUUUCUGUUGAUAGCUAUACAAUUAUAACCUCUAAUAUAUUGUCGGCAUAUGAAAUACAAUACAAAGCAAUUCUUUUUUUAUCAUGGAACUUGAUAAAUCUAUCUUGAUGCAAAAGCAGGUAAAGGACAAUUCGGAGGAUUUACAAAGCGAGUUUUUGGACUUGAAAAAUUGGGAAGAGCAAAUGAAACGAAAGGAACAAGAACUACUGAAUGAACGCACUGGACAGAAAGUUCUGCCUCCAAUCAGAAGUAGAAACAAGAAAAAAUGCAUGAUAAAAGAAAGUAAAAAGACUGAAAAUUCCAAACGAAUAAAGUCUUAUGAUUAUGCAUCAUGGGAGAAAUUUGAUAUUGACAAAGCGUGUAAGGAAUUAGAUGAAGACGAACAAUCCAAUGAUUCCUCGGAUGAAACCAUGUCUAAAGAGGAAUUGGAAAAGGAUCACAGCAAAGCAUUAGAACACAAAAAUCAAGGCAAUAUUUUUGUGCAACAGAAGAAAUGGGAUAAAGCAAUUGCCUCGUACAGCGAGGCAAUAAAAAUUUUUCCUUACGAUGCUAUAUUUUAUGCCAAUCGUGCACUUUGUUAUUUAAAGCAAGACAACUUGUAUUCAGCAGAAGCAGAUUGUUCAUCUGCGAUACAAUUGGACAAGACUUAUGUCAAAGCUUAUCACAGACGAGCAACAGCCAGAAUAGAAUUGAAACAGUAUAAAGAGGCAAAGGAAGACAUAGAAAAAAUGUUGACAUUGGAACCUUCCAAUAAGGAAGCAAAGACCUUGCUUAGCCAAAUUAAUAAGCGACUUGAAAACUUAAAACCGAUUAUUAUAUCUGGUGAAGACACAGCGAAAAAUAUACCAAUGGAGAAAAAAAUUGCUGAGAAGAUGUUUGAUAAUGUAAAAUCAAAUAAAGAAAUAAUUGAUAUUAAGGAGGAUAAAAAUAAAAAGAAUAGUGUAAAUAACGUAGGAGCUAUUGCAAAAUCAACAACCGUAAGUUUAACAGAAUCAAAGAGAGAUUCACGCAUUCCAGAUUGGCUACUAGAAAAAGAUGAUGUUGCAGUUGUAGAACCUAUUGAAAAACCUCCCCAUUUACGUUCAAAAGAACCAUUAAUAAGAAUACCUGUGCAAGAGGCAGAUUUAACUAAACCUUAUGGAAAGGGAAAGCAUGAUUUCCUUUUAGAAAAGGAAAUUAAAGCAUCAUGCAAUAACAAUCAGCAUCAAGAAUUAUUAAAUAUAGAGUUUGAUAAUACAAAGCAUAAAGAAAAUAUUACAAAACCUAAACCAGAAGCAAACCUCAUUGAAAAUAUGGAAAUAUCCCCCAUCCCGAAAACCGCAGUCCAAUUCGUAAUAAACUGGAGAAGAAAUACUUCAUCUGAUCUUCGAUACAGAUAUUUAAAGCAAAUACCAUCGAAUAACUUAUCAAAAAUAUUUCAAGAUUCAAUGGAAAGUGAUAUUUUUAGUGAUAUUUUAGCAAUACUCAAAACAGAGUUUAUGAAACGGAAAGAACCUAUAUUUCUAUAUUUAAAGAAUCUCAGUGAUGUUAAAAGAUUUAGAGCUCUCAUUAUGUUUAUCAGUAACAUAGAAAAGCAAGAUUUGAAGCUCAUGUUCUCAUAUUGUAAAACAUCAGAGAAGAUAUCUGAGGAAGAAGUUACAGAGUUGCAAAAUAAAUAUGAAAUUUAAUAAGAUGUAAAUGUUAAUCUUAAAAAGAAAAGUUUUGGAUAUGGUAAAAGUAGGUAAGUUGUAUUAAAGCUUUGAGGAAAACACAGAUUAUACACAUAACAUUCAGAUUUCCAAAAGUUUUAUCUAUAUUCUAAAAUAUAUAUAAAUAUUUACAAGAAAUACACAAAUGUUAUAUCUUUAAGUGCUACAAUGAUAUAACAGAUAAAUAAAAUCAUGUUGUACAU